AUGUCGGAAGCCUCAUCGUCCAAGGUCAAGGCAGACUCGCUGCUGCCACCCGCACAGAAGGCCGCCGCAUCAACGCCAUCAGCGGCAACCAACGGGCAGACCAAUACCACUUCCUCGCUCGCCACAAAGCACGGCAUCGAGCUGCCCUCGCAAGAGGACGCAGAGCGACUCGGAUUCAACGUCUUCUCCCACAUCCUCGACCCGCGUCUGCUACGCGCACUUGCCGAUCUUGGCUUUGGCAUCCCGACUCCAAUUCAGCAAAAAGCCAUCCCGCUCGCACUCGCUGGUAAAGACAUUCUCGCCAGAGCACGCACUGGAUCCGGAAAGACGCUUGCAUACGGUCUUCCACUGCUCCAGAAGGUGCUCGAUGCCAAGAGUGCCGUUGCCAAGUCAGAUCCCAACCAUCAGCUGACUCGUGCCCUCGUGCUCGUACCGACGCGCGAGCUUGCCGAACAAGUGUUCCGCCAUCUCUCCGUCAUCAUCGAGUAUGUUCGGGACGACAUUCGACUGGUCAACGUGGCGAGAGAGGCGUCUGACAAAGUGCAGCGUCUGCUGCUCAGCGAGAAACCAGAUGUGGUUAUCGCCACGCCGUCCAAGGCACUCAACUAUCUGCAGAACGGAUCACUCGACCUAAAGACAGGAAUGGAAUCGCUCGCCAUCGACGAAGCCGAUCUCAUCCUUUCCUACGGACACGACGCCGACGUCAAAUCCUUGCUCGGCGGCAACUUCCUUCCCAGCCACUUCCAGUCAUUCCUCAUGUCUGCCACCAUGACGUCGGACGUAUCCAAGCUCAAAGGCCUUCUGCUGCGCAACCCGGUCAUUCUCAAGCUCAACCACGAAGACGAGUCGGCGUCCGGUUCCAACCUCGUGCAGUUCUACACAAAGACGACCGAGGAGGACAAGUUCCUGUUGGUCUAUGUUAUCCUCAAGCUCAAGCUGAUCAGGGGCAAGGCAAUUCUGUUUGUCAAUGAGUUGGAGAGGGGAUACAGGCUGAAGUUGUUCCUGGAAAAGUUCGGACUGCGCGCGUGCGUGCUCAAUGCCGAGCUGCCGAUCAACUCGAGGUACAGCAUCGUGGAGGAGUUUAACAAGGGCAAGUUCGACUACAUCGUUGCUACGGAUGAGCCCACGGGUGGCAGUGGCAAGGUGGAGGAAGAUGACGAGGCAGAAGAGGAAGUGGCAGGCGAGGAGGAAGAUGCAGAGGAGGACGCAGCAGAGGGAACGGAGGGCGACACCAAGAAGCGCAAAUCCAACGACGAGAACAAAUCGAGCAAGAAGUCCAAAACUUCCUCGACUCGUCCGUCCAAACGCACCAAGUCGACCGCGGCGGAAUACGGCGUCUCGCGCGGUGUCGACUUUGUCAACGUCUCUUGCGUUAUCAACUUCGAUCUGCCCACCAGCAUCGACUCGUACAUCCACCGAGUCGGCCGCACGGCCCGUGGUGGAUCCUCGGGCACAUCACUAUCCUUCGUCGUGCCCUCCUCCGAAGUCGGUCGUUCGAAAUACCUCUAUUGCUCGAGCACGACACGCGACGAAGCCAUGUUCAAGCAGCUCACGCGACCCUCUUCGCUCUCGCUCCUCGGCGGGACGCUGCAGGAGUGGAACUACGACGCCUCGUCCGUCUCCGGAUUCCGAUACCGCGUCACCGACACACUCAAGAGCAUCACGCGCGCCACGAUCCGCGAGGCACGCGUCAAGGAGCUCAAACACGAGAUUCUCACCUCGAGCAAGCUGCAGUCGCACUUCGAGGACCACCCGGACGAUCUGGCGUAUCUGCAGCACGACAAGGCGCUGCUCAGCAACCGCGCGCAGCAGUCGCACCUGAAACACGUCCCGCAGUACCUCGUCCCCAAAAUCAUUAAUCCGAGUAGCGCCAAGUUGACCGGCAGUGGUACUGGCGCGUACAAGGGGUACGUACCCAAGGCCAAGGUGGACGACAAGAACGGCAAGGCCAAGCACGGCAAGCGCAGCAAGACAAAGAGCUCCAGUGCGUCGACGCGGGGCAGGAAGAAGGUCGAUCCACUGAGAAAGUUUUCUAAAAAGUAA